AUGUGGGAGAGGGCAGCGAAGGGGGUGUCUCCUGCUGCCCAGAAAAGAAAGAUCGUUCCCAAUGGACCUACCGCAAAGAGGAAAUCUUCGUCCAGCAGCGAUGACAGCUCCAGUGAGGAAGAUGAGACACCACCAGCCAAGAAACCAGCCACUGCACCCAAGGUGAAAGCCCCUCCUCCUGCCAAGAAGGCAGAGAGCAGCAGUGAGGAUUCCAGUGAGGAUUCAGACUCUGAGGAGGAGAAGCAGCCAGCAAAGAAGGGAACAAAACCACCAGUGAAGCCAGCUGGCACCAAAAUCCAGCCUCAGAAGAAAGCAGAGAGCUCCAGCUCUGACUCAAGCAGCUCAGAUGAGGAAGCACCAAAGAAACAUCCAUCAAAACCAGUGACACCUAAGUCAGGAAGUAAACCUGCCCAGGUAACUACCAAGCUCGUCAAUGGAAAAGCAGCAAGCAGUAGCAGCAGUAGUGAAGAUUCUGAUGAGGAGAAGGCUGCCCCGAAGAAGACUCUUCCUAAGAAAUCGCCUGUAGCCAAACCUGCAGCCCCUCAAGCUUGCCCAGGCAAAACCAAACCUGCCAAGGCAAAUUCCAGUAGUGAGGACUCUUCUGACAGCUCGGAGGACGACAAGCCAGCCUCAAAGCAAAAGCCAAAGUCUGGUCCAUACAGUGCUGUGCCACCUCCUCAAGCUGCACAGCCGAAGAAAGGCCUUGCCAAGGCUCCUGCAAAAGGGGCUGAGAGCAGUGACUCCUCAGACAGCAGUGAUGAGGCAGAGCAGGUGCCCACAAAGGGAGGAGCAGGCAAAGCAGUGGCAGCUAAAACGGUUCCUGGUGCCAAAAACAAAGCUGUGGCAGCCAAGAAGGCCGAAUCCAGUUCAGACAGUGACUCAGAUUCUAGCUCUGAGGAAGACAAGAAAGUAGGGGGAAAGCUCCCUGCUAAACAACCUGCGGUAAAGAAUCCUUCUAAACCAGCAAAGGUAGCUGCCAAGCCUGCGCCAGCAAAAAAAGACUCCAGCUCCUCCUCGGACAGCUCAGAUUCUGACAGCUCUGAAAAUAAGGCCCCUGUGAAGCCUGCAGCUAAAGCAGCACCCCCUGCCACCAAGAAGCCACAAGCUGUUGCAAAGAAAGCACAAAGUAGCUCUGAUUCAGAUAGUAGCUCCAGCAGCUCUGAGGAUGAGAAAAAGAAGAAAGCCCCUCCAGCUAAAUUAACUGGCAAAGCAGGUAAGCCAGUGUCCAAACCUCGCACCCCAGCUCCUGAAGCCAGCUCGUCAGACUCUGAUAGCUCAAGCAGUGAGGAAGAAAAGAAGCCAGCAGCGAAACCUGUCACCAAAUCUGCAGGGGCCACAAAAGCACCUGUGGGGAAGAAGGUGGCUGCUGCUAACAGUAGUAGUAGCUCAUCUGAUAGUUCCAGUGAAGCAGAUGAGAAGCCCAAAAAGGCAGGGAAAGGGGUGCUGAAUGGUUCUUAUAGCACUGCUUCCACAGAGAAAGCAAAAGCUUUAUCUACACCAGCAGCAAAUAAGAUGAAGUCCAAACCAGCUGAUGGCAGCAGUAGCAGCAGUGAAAGCAGCUCUGAAGAAGAGACUGGAAAAGCAAACGGAGGCAUGAUCCAGAAGAAACGGAAGAGGGACGAUAUCCAGGAGCUAGAGACACCAGAUACUAAAAAGACAAAGAUCAAAGCCAAAACACCAAACACGUUUCCCAGGGUGAAACAGCCAUCCUCUCCAUUCCGGCGAGUAAGAGAAGAAGAGAUUGAGGUGGAUGCCCGUGUUGCUGAUAACUCGUUUGAUGCAAAGAAAGGAGCUGCUGGUGACUGGGGUGAGAAGGCUAACAACAUCCUGAAGUUCACCAAAGGCAAAUCUUUUCGUCAUGAGAAGACAAAGAAAAAACGGGGCAGCUACUGUGGGGGCACUAUAUCAACCCAAGUCAACUCCAUCAAGUUUGAAAGUGACUGAGAAUGUCUCCUUGGGAAUUAAUAAACCGUCCGCUCACCAGACUCACUUGGAUGGGCAUGUGAACGUUAUGGACACCAAUCCUGUCUGGAAUAUUAUCUCCCCCAGCUCCAUGUGGGACAGGCAGCUCCAACAUGGGGAUGUGGGAGAAUGAUUGGACAUUUCCCCCAUUUAUUUCUGGCUCUUUCUGGUUUAGACCCCUAAUAGGGACCCCU